GUGGGUUGUGCUAGUGCCCCUCCCCUCCCGCUCUGUGCCCCGCCGGGCGGGGACCGUGGGAGCCGCGGACAAGCCCAAGGCCGGAGCGGUUCCAGGAGGACCUUGGUCUGCACCUGUGGUUGCCAGGUAGGUGGAUGUGAGAGACCCUACCCUUCUGGUUCUCUAGAAGCCAUCCCAUCGCCGCUAGCACCAUGCUGUCCCCUCAGAGAGCUUUACUCUGCAACCUCAACCACAUCCACCUCCAGCACGUCUCCCUGGGCCUGCACUUGUCCCGCCGUCCUGAGCUACAGGAGGGGCCUUUGAGCACACCCCCUCCUCCAGGAGACACUGGGGGCAAGGAGAGCCGGGGCCCCUGCAGUGGCACCCUGGUGGACGCCAAUUCCAACAGCCCAGCUGUGCCCUGCCGGUGCUGCCAGGAGCACGGUCCGGGCCUAGAAAACCGGCAGGACCCGUCACAGGAGGAAGAGGGGGCUGCCUCUCCCUCAGAUCCAGGCUGCUCCUCCUCGCUCAGCUCCUGCUCAGAUCUUAGCCCCGAUGAGUCCCCUGUCUCAGUCUACUUGCGGGAACUCCCUGGUGAUGAGGAUGCCCACCCUCAGCCCAGUAUCAUCCCCCUGGAGCAGGGCUCCCCACUGGCUUCAGCAGGCCCUGGCACCUGCUCACCGGACAGCUUCUGCUGCUCUCCUGAUUCCUGCUCCGGAGCUUCUUCUUCACCCGAUCCUGGCCUGGACUCGAACUGCAACGCCCUGACCACCUGCCAAGACGUCCCUUCCCCAGGCUUGGAGGAAGAGGACGGGAGCGUAGAGCAGGAUCUCCCUACCUCUGAGCUCUUAGAGGCGGAUGAUGGGAAGAUCGACGCUGGGAAAACGGAGCCCAGUUGGAAGAUUAACCCAAUUUGGAAAAUUGACACACAGAAAACUAAAGCUGAAUGGAAAACCACUGAAAACAAUAACACUGGUUGGAAAAACAAUGGGAAUGUUAACUCUAGCUGGAAAAGUGAACCUGAAAAAUUCGACUCUGGUUGGAAAACCAACACAAGAAUAACUGAUUCUGGCUCGAAAACAGAUGCAGGGAAAAUUGAUGGAGGAUGGAGAAGUGACGUCAGCGAGGAGCCGGUGCCCCACCGGACAAUCACGUCCUUCCACGAGCUGGCCCAGAAGCGCAAGCGGGGCCCAGGGCUGCCCCUCGUCCCGCAGGCCAAGAAAGAUCGCAGUGACUGGCUCAUAGUCUUCUCGCCCGACACCGAGCUGCCCCCCUCGGGGUCGCUGGGCGGCUCCUCGGCACCUCCUCGGGAAGUCACCACCUUCAAGGAACUCCGGUCCCGAAGCCGGACCCCAGCCCCGCCAGUCCCGCCUCGAGACCCCCCAGUUGGCUGGGCUUUGGUCCCGCCCCGGCCCCCACCCCCGCCUGUCCCUCCCCGAAGGAAGAAGAACCGAUCUGGACUGCAGCCCAUAGCGGAGGGGCAGUCCGAGGAGGGCCGGGCUGUCAGCCCAGCGGCUGGCGAGGAGGCCCCAGCCGCGAAGGAGCCGGGCGCGCAGGCUGGCCUGGAGGCCGGUCCCCUCCUGCUCCCUCGGCCCCUGGUUUUCCGGUUCUCGGCCGACGGGCGCCCCCUGUUGGAGGGUGGGGGCGCAGGCGCAGCUGGGUCUCUGCUCCUGGCUCCUCUGGCCGGGUGGCCCGGCGCCGGGCUGCGGCUGCUGGGGGCGCCGAGCCCCCCAGAGGAGCAGCUGCUGCCCGUCCGCCUGUCCCCGGUGGGAGCCUAUUCGCCUCCGACUCGGGGAGCCUUGCCCUGCCUGGCCAGCCCCGAGCUGGCACUGCUGCUGUCCCCGCUCUUUCCCAGAAGUAGCACCUUCCCCGCCGCGGCUCCCCCACCCCGCCAGGUACCCGCCCCCCCGCUGCCACCGCAACCUCGUCCGCCGAAGGCCCCUCGCUGGACCAGGAGCCCAUCGCCUCCGCCCAGGCUACUCCGUAGUUCGUGGUCCUUCGCCGGUGUCCCCGGAGCCCAGCGGCUGUGGAUGGCAGAAGCCCAGAGUGGGACUGGUCAGCUGCAGGAGCAGAAGAAAGGUCUCCUGAUAGCCGUCAGCGCCUCCGUUGAUAAAAUCAUCUCGCAUUUCGGGGCCGCCCGGAACUUGGUGCAGAAGGCCCAGUUGGGUGAUAGCCGGCUGAGCCCGGAUGUGGGGCACCUGGUGUUGACCACCCUCUGCCCGGCCCUCCACGCCCUGGUGGCGGACGGGCUGAAGCCUUUCCGGAAGGACCUCAUCACUGGGCAGCGCAGGAGCAGCCCCUGGAGCGUGGUGGAGGCGUCGGUGAAGCCAGGCUCCAGCACCCGCUCCCUUGGAACCCUGUAUAGCCAGGUCAGCCGUCUAGCCCCGCUGAGCAGCAGCCGUAGCCGCUUCCAUGCCUUUAUCCUGGGCCUCCUCAACACCAAGCAGUUGGAGCUGUGGUUUUCCAGUCUCCAGGAAGAUGCAGGCCUGCUCUCCCUCCUGUACCUGCCAACAGGAUUCUUCUCCCUGGCCCGUGGUGGCUGUCCCUCCCUGUCCACAGAGCUGCUGCUCCUGCUGCAGCCAUUGUCGGUGCUCACUUUCCACCUGGACCUGCUCUUUGAGCACCACCACCACCUGCCCCUGGGCCCGCCUCAGGCCCCUGCCCCUCCAGGCCCGCCUCCGGCUCUGCAGCAGACUAUGCAAGCCAUGCUGCACUUUGGGGGCCGGCUGGCCCAGAGCCUUCGGGGGACUUCCAAGGAAGCUGCUUCAGACCCCUCUGACUCUCCAAACCUUCCCACACCAGGGAGCUGGUGGGAGCAGUUGACCCAGGCCUCCCGGGUCUAUGCCUCUGGGGGCACUGAGGGCUUUCCUCUUUCCCGAUGGGCACCGGGGCGUCAUGGGACUGCAGCUCAAGAAGGUGCACAGGAGAGACCCCUGCCCACAGAUGAAAUGGCACCAGGCAGGGGCCUCUGGUUGGGAAGACUAUUUGGAGUGCCUGGGGGCCCCACAGAAAAUGAGAAUGGAGCCCUAAAGUCCAGGAGACCAUCUAGCUGGCUGCCCCCGACAGUGAGUGUGUUGGCUCUUGUGAAGCGGGGGGCACCUCCCGAGACGCCUUCUCCUCAGGACCUUGAGGCCUCAGCACCCAGGAUGCUGCAAUCCCAUAGGGCAGUGCGGGCUCUCUGUGAUCACACUGCUGCAAGACCUGACCAGUUGAGCUUCCGGCGUGGGGAAGUGCUGCGUGUCAUCACCACAGUGGAUGAGGACUGGCUCCGCUGUGGGCGGGAUGGCAUGGAGGGUCUGGUGCCUGUGGGGUAUACCUCCCUUGUUCUGUAGCCCUGGGAUCCUUUCCUGCGUAUGUGUCUCCUUCCUGUCACCUGGGAAUGGAAUGGCCAGUGAACACCAUCCCAGAAGCAUUUUCCCUCUGCAAAAUGACAUUUCUUCCCACAUCUGUUUCUGCUAAUAUUUAAAAUAAACUUUCCUUCUUCCCUCCUAUACCCACCUGUAAGGUGAAAUCUGCUCUUCUUCCAAAUAUAUAAAAAGAGAAUUGCCCUCCAGGUAAUCCCUUUCCUUUUUCCCGUCUAUAUAAGGGAAUGUCUUCCUUCCUAUCUAUCUGCAAAAUGGAAAUCUAGACCUCCUUCUUCAUCCAUAAGUGGACUGUGCCAGUACAAUACAUGCCUCAGCCCCCAAGCCUAGAAGGACCUCUAGUCUCCUUCCUGUGUGGAAUCUUCCCCACUCCACCCCUCCCAAGUUGCCUGUAUUGAUAAUGUACUCAUGCUGUACUAGGUGCUGAAGCCUGGACACCCCUGGUGGGUGGGCCUGUGGUGAUGGUUUGCAUCCUUCCUCCUUUGUCCCAAUAAAGUAUGGGAGUUGAA